AUGAACGUCAGCGAAUCGACAUCCUCUUCAGAAGAUGAAGAUGACACCGCUUCAGUUAAUACUUCACAAGCAGAUGGGAGUACUCGGUCAGUGGAGAGAAAAGAUUCAGUAUGGUCUCUUGGAGAUGGAGCGCCAGAAGAACCAGAGAAGCUUGACAAUUCCCAGCGAUCCACUUUAUUUAUUGAAAAACCACAGGGUGGUUCAGUGAAUGUUGGAGAAAAUAUUACAUUUAUAGCCAAAGUAGAAGCCAAAGAUCUUCUUCGAAAGCCAACUGUAAAGUGGUUCAAAGGUAAAUGGAUGGACCUGGCCAGUAAAGCAGGCAAACACCUUCAGCUGAAGGAGACAUUUGAGCGUCAUAGCAAGGUUUAUACAUUUGAGAUGCAAAUCAUUAAAGCUAAGGAAAACUACGGAGGGAACUACCGCUGUGAAGUAACAUAUAAGGAUAAGUUCGAUAGCUGUUCUUUCGAUCUUGAAGUCCACGAAUCUUCUCAGGCUGCUCCAUCUAUUGACAUCCGAUCUGCUUUCAAAAGAAGCGGUGAAGGACAAGAGGAUGCAGGAGAACUUGACUUUAGUGGUCUCCUGAAACGUAGGGAGAUUAAACAAGAGGAAGAGCCAGAUAUAGAUGUGUGGGAGCUCCUGAAGAAUGCUAAUCCCAAUGAAUAUGAGAAGAUUGCAUUUCAGUAUGGUAUCACUGAUCUGAGAGGCAUGUUAAAACGUCUGAAACGCAUGCGCAGAGAAGAGAAGAAGAGUGCAGCUUUUUCCAAAAUUCUGGAUCCUGCAUAUCAGGUGGAUAAAGGAGGUAAAGUAAGGUUUGUGGUGGAGUUGGCAGAUCCAACGGUAGAGCUCAAGUGGUAUAAAAAUGGCCAAGAAAUACGACCAAGUACAAAGUACAUUUUUGAGCACAAAGGUAACCAGCGAAUUUUGUUCAUCAAUAACUGCACAAUGGCAGAUGACGCCCGCUAUCAUGUGACGACUGGUGAUGAGAAAUGCUCCACAGAACUGUUUGUAAGAGAGCCCCCAGUGGUGGUGACCAAGGCCCUGGAAGACCUGAAUACCUAUGUUGGUGAAAGAGUAGAAUUAUCCUGUGAAGUAUCUGAAGAGGAUGCAAAUGUGAAAUGGUUUAAGAAUGGUGUGGAGCUGACCAAUGAACCUAGAUCUCGAUACCGACUUAAGGUUGAUGGUAAAAAACACAUUCUGAUCAUAGAUGAAGCUACAAAAGCAGACAAUGCAACCUAUUCAGUGAUGACAACGGGAGGGCAGUCAGCUGCUAAGCUUGCAGUUGAUUUGAGACCACUGAAGAUAAUGCAGCCACUAGCAGACCAGACGGUGAGGCUUGGGAAAGAAAUCACCCUGAAGUGUGAGAUAUCUGAGAACAUAGAAGGGAAGUGGUACAAAAAUGGGCAACUUCUUUCAGCUAGUGACCAUGUAAAGUUAUAUCACAAAGGAAGAAUCCACAGGUUGGUUAUAGGAAGCUCCAUUGUUGAUGAUGAAGGUGAUUACAUGUUUGUACCAGAUGCCUAUAAAAUUAACAUACCAUGCAGAGUACAUGUCAUAGAUCCUCCUAGGCUCCACCUGGAAGGUCUUGGUGACGAUAACACGGUGACAGUAGUAGCAGGAAACAAACUACGACUGGAGAUCCCAAUCUCUGGAGAGCCGACUCCAAAAGUUAUGUGGAGUAAAGGGGAUAAGUGGAUCACGGAGACUGGUGGCAGAAUACGAGCAGAAACUUAUCCGGAUAGCAGCUGUUUGGUAAUUGAUAUAGCUGAGAGGGAUGACUCAGGUGUCUACAAAAUAAUGCUAAAGAAUGAGGCUGGAGAAGACACAGCUAAUAUCAACAUCAAGGUGGUUGAUGUUCCUGACCCUCCUCUUGCACCAAACGUGACUGAGGUGGGUGAAGACUGGUGUUUUAUGAACUGGGAACCUCCAGCCUCUGAUGGCGGGUCUCCUCUUUUAGGAUAUUUCAUUGAAAGGAAAAAGAAACAAAGUUCCAGGUGGAUGAGACUGAAUUUUGACCUGUGUAAAGAAACAACAUUUGAACCAAAGAAGAUGAUUGAAGGUGUUGCUUAUGAGGUCCGUGUAUUUGCUGUUAAUGCAGUAGGAAUUUCCAAACCAAGUAUGCCCUCAAAGGCUUUUGUUCCCUUGGCUGUCACCAGUCCACCAACUCUCCUGGCAGUUGAUGGAGUAACUGAUAGCACUGUUACAAUGAAAUGGCGGCCACCAGAUCACAUUGGAGCAGCAGGUUUAGACGGCUAUGUUAUAGAGUACUGCUUUGAAGGAAGUAUAUCGGCAGAUCUGUGUGAUGAAUUGGUGGAGGCAACUCAUGACCUGGAAGCGGAAGAAUGGCUAGUGGCUAACCCUGAACUGACAGACAAAACAAGGUACACCAUCACUGACCUGCCAGCUGGUUCCAGAAUUUUCGUGAGAGUAAAAGCUGUGAAUGCUGCUGGUCCCAGUGAACCUAGAUUGCACCCACAACCUAUUCUAGUCAAGGAAGUGAUAGAACCUCCAAAGAUUCGUCUACCAAGACACUUAAAACAAACCUACAUUCGAAGGGUUGGAGAAGCUGUGAAUCUUGUUGUUCCUUUCCAGGGAAGACCAAGGCCAAAAGUAUCUUGGAAGAAAAAUGGCGUUUCCGUAGACAAGAAUCAAAUUAACAUCCGCAACAGUGAAAAUGAUACUAUCAUCUUUAUCCGAAAGGCAGAGAGGAGCCACUCUGGAAAAUACGACCUGAAAGUGAAAGUAGAAAACCUGGUGGACAAAGCUACAAUAGAUAUUCAAGUAGUUGAUCGCCCUGGCCCACCACAUGUUGUAAAGAUUGAGGAUGUUUGGGGAGAGAAUGUUGCUUUAGCCUGGCAGCCACCAAAGGAUGAUGGUAACGCUGCCAUUACUGGGUACACGAUUCAAAAAGCGGACAAGAAGAGCAUGGAAUGGUUCACUGUAAUUGAGCACUACCACCGAACCAGUGCCACCAUUACUGAACUCAUCAUAGGAAAUGAGUACUACUUCCGGAUCUUUGCUGAAAACAUGUGUGGCCUCAGUGAGGACGCAACAAUGACCACGGAGAGUGCUGUGAUCGCAAAGGAUGGUAAAAUCUACAAAAAUCCAAUUUAUGAAGACUUUAAUUUCACCGAAGCACCAAUGUUUACUCAACCUUUAAUUAACACAUAUGCUGUAGCUGGUUACAAUGCUACUUUGAACUGCAGUGUUCGAGGAAAUCCAAAGCCCAAAAUAAGCUGGAUGAAAAACAAAGUGACUAUAUUAAAUGACCCAAGAUACAGGAUGUUUGGUAACCAAGGUGUCUGUACCUUGGAGAUCCGCAAACCCAGCCCUUAUGACGGAGGUACUUACACCUGCAAAGCAGUCAAUGAGCUUGGCGAGGCAGCGGUUGAAUGCAAACUGGAAGUGAAAGGUGGACUUUCAUUCUUCAGACUCUUAAUGCAAGGGGUGCCUCCGCAUAUCAUUCAUUCAUAUAUGCAAGAAAUGCAAGCAGGCAACCCUGAGGGAAAGUGA